GGAUUGUGAGUGAAUGUGCAGACUGAAUGCAAUUCGAUUGGCGGAGAAGGAGAAGAGGGAGAAAGAACUGUUAAGAGAAAUAAUCGAGCAAGCUGAUAAGUACAAAACUGAGUUCUACAGGAGGUGGAAGCUUGCAUGUGAGAACAACAAAGUUAGCUGUAGAAUUGGGAAUUUGUUUCGGCUUGCUAGAGUACAAUUUGAUGGCAUAUUGUUAGUACGAUAUGCAAAUUGGCUACUCUACAUACCUGUCAGAGGAUUGCCCUCAGCACCAUUUUUUUGGUUAUACAAAGGAUAUGCAAAUUGGCUACUCUACAUACCUGUCAGAGGAUUGCCCUCAGCACCACGCAACCAUCUGAUAUCCCACUGUCUGUUUUUGGAAAAACAAGAGACGUUCCACGGAGAAGCUAACAAGAGUUACUGGAAAGCAAUUGUAGAGCUCAUCCCCAACGAAGUACCAACAAUAGAGAAGAGAGGAAAAAAGGAGAAAGCAAAGCAGCCUUCCAUUACUGUGAUCCAGGGCCCCAAACCGGGCGAGCCAACCGAUCUUUCAAGGAUGCGCCAUAUACUUGUGAAGCUCAAGCAUAAUCCACCACCCCACAUGAAUCCACCGCCACCACCACCUUCAUCAGAAACCGAAAAAGAUGGCAAAACGGGGUCGUCACCUCCGGUUGCAGCCAACAUUUCUCAGCAGACUGCUGUUGUAGCUCCCAAGGGUUUAGUUGUUGCUUGAGAAAGGGAGAGUAGUUGCAUGCUGUAUAUGAUUCUCUUUGUGAAAAGCUAUUAACCUAAAGUAUGUUGUUGAGUUUGUACUAUAGAUGACUUAAAAACGUAAGUGGCUUGUUAGUUUGAGAGAGAGAUGGGGCAUUUUUCUUUUGUGCAAAAGCUUGAGUCAACCCUAUUGUACUGUAA